AAGACGACGAAGAGUCGAAGACGACAAUAGUCAUCCCUAACCAGUCUCGAAGAAGUAGGCAUAACUGCAGAAGCGAGGGCUUUUGAGCACGCGAGCAUGGUGGAGAGGUUCUUCUUUGUGAGGCAAGAGGAUUUCCAUGAAGAUUCCCACUCGAUAAUGCUCUUAUCUGGGCCAUCUUCCUGUGGAAAAACUUCAUUGCUAUUCCAGUUCGCUUUCAACGCUGCAAUGGAGGACAAUAUUGGCGACCGCAAGGUGGUUUUCAUAUGCAACCGACGCAGGUUAGAAAGCAAACCCCCGUAUCUCUCACAGGGCGUUGAUCCGUCAUCUGAUAUCUUUCAGCGCAUUCAAAUGAAGUAUGUGGAUGAUGAUGAGGGGAUUAAGAAGUAUUUUGCUGCAUUUCACUUCCAUGACAUAUUUCCUGCUGCAGUUGUUGUUGAUGAUUUUGGGGGAUUCUUUGAUGAAAGGAGUUGCCAAGAGAAAUAUGCUAAUCCUCGUGGAAGGGACCUCGCAAUGGUUAGGACUUUGUCAUUAUGCCACAAUGCAAUAAUCCAUGCAAAUGAGAAGGAGCCUUGCAAGCUUCUGUUUUCUGAUACACACCAUGGAGAUUCCCCAAGGCUGCUCUUCAUCUACAAGAGAUGGGUUCCUUCCAUUUUUACAAUCAAAGGUGAUGGUUCUGGAUUGUUUCUCCUAAGAAGCAAUAGCAGUUCAAAAAGUGGCAAGUCAGAGAGGUUGAGAACAGCAAAGUACUCAAUUGCUCUUCAAUAUCUGUUUCUGGAGGGCAUCAUUGAGGAGAACCAAUAGUAAUGUUGUUAAAUCCAAUGUUGCACCUUAGCUGCUCUGAUCCGAGGAAAUUGGCGACCUUGAAGCUUUGCAAUGGAUUUCAAUGGCAAAGAGGAUUUGGUGGGUAUUACAAUCGAAAGAGGUGAUGAAACUAAGUUCAUGGCUGCCUGCAUUUUUGA